ACGUGACGUGAAAGAACCCGGAAGUAGUGCUGCUGCUGCCUGUCAGUCGAGCUGCUGAGCCAGGGAGCUGAAGAGCACAUUUACAACAAGAUGGCAGGUCUGCCUCGCAGGAUCAUAAAGGAAACUCAACGUUUGUUGGCAGAGCCGGUUCCUGGCAUUAAAGCACUUCCUGAUGAGAGCAACGCACGUUACUUUCAUGUGGUUAUCGCUGGACCUCAGGACUCUCCUUUUGAGGGGGGAACCUUUAAGCUUGAACUUUUUUUACCAGAGGAAUACCCCAUGGCAGCUCCUAAAGUACGCUUUAUGACCAAAAUAUAUCACCCCAAUGUAGACAAACUGGGAAGAAUAUGCCUUGACAUUUUAAAAGAUAAAUGGUCACCUGCUCUUCAGAUUCGCACAGUCCUUCUGUCAAUCCAGGCAUUACUAAGUGCACCCAACCCUGAUGACCCCCUAGCAAAUGAUGUGGCAGAGCAAUGGAAGGCCAAUGAAGCAAUUGCCAUUGAGACAGCCAAGUCUUGGACCAGGCUUUAUGCUGGAAACAAAAAUGAAGUGUAGAGGAACUGGAGAUAGAAGUGGAAGUCAAGUGUGAACACAACUCCUCAUGUUCAGCCAAGACCUCUUCAUACUCCAUUUGCAUAUAAAGGACUCGGGUCUUAAUGAUAAAAUAUACAUCUAUAUUAUACUAUAAACAUACAUAUAUUGUAAGUGAAAAGAUCUGCUGACAGUUGAUUUAUAUGCACACACACGCAAUUAAAUGAUCGUCUUUGUCUCCCUUCACUACUGUUCACAUGCAUGGGCAGAGGUUUUACUCACUUAACUUUAUUUGCCCAUUGACUAUCAAAGCAUUGCCAACAGUCGCUUCAAACAGAAAUGCUACAUGUAGGGUUGCAAUGCAAGAGAUCUGUAAUCUCUGGGUCAAAUAGGGACAUAGGGGUGCAGUGGAAAGUCGCGCUAGAAAUGGUCAACCUUUUAUCUUUCUUUUAACACUGUUCUUUGUUGUUUCUUUGUCUAUAAAUGCUUCUAUCUAGUUACUACUUGCUGCUUUUAAAUAGGCACUCAUCUAGAGAGGGAUACAAGUGUGGCCUGCAGCAUCCCAGCAGAAAAGAUCAUAACCCAACUACUUCAGUCCAAAGUUUGUGGUGUAGAAGAGGAGAGUGGAGAAUAGAAUGGACCUUUCUUUAGUUUUAACACAGAUGUUUUUACCUGUCUUAUCUAUGUGAAAAACUGUUGCUACGCUCAUACUAACUAUGCCUUGUUCACACGUUUCACCUCUGCUUUUGCUUGGUCUGCUUCUUCUGAUGGCAUUUCUUUUGCCACACAAUUGCUACUUGGAGCUGUCAGUACGACUGGGGGUUGUGAAGGGUUGGGUUGCAGGAUCUAACAUAUGAGUCCAAUGGUCUAAAAGCCUGUAUUUUAUUCACUGUUUAUAAACUCAUUAUUUCUCUGAAUCUUGGGGCUGGGGUGGGGUGGGGGGUGGAAUUAUUUUCCUGAUUUCUGAAUGCUAUGAAUGGUCCACUUGCAUCUGUUUAUGUUCUGUAAAUAAAAUCUGUUGAUUGAUAA